AUGUCUCCUAACUAUCCAAAUCAAAGAAGUGCAAAUUCGGCCAAUUUCUUUGCUUCAUCCAAUUAUCCAGUUUCAUCAUCAUCACAAGAGGUUUAUUCUUCAUCUGUUUCACCACCAACAAGAAUACGACAAGUUUCGUCUACUUUCGAAGACUCUCGGCAAGUAAAUGUUUCAGAUAAUUGGACUACGAAACCCAUGCCAUUACCAAACUUGAGAGAUUUAUUCCAAGAUAACUUCCAAGGAUCAACAUUACCAAACAAUCAUGUCCUCCACCUUUCUAAUAAUCUUUCUAAUAAUGUGUCUUGCAGUUUGCCAUCCGCUUCCAUGCCAUCACAACACAUGUGGCAUGAGGAAGGGCAUGUACAGUAUCCUCCAACAACAGAACGAAACCUCUUCAACAGAACAUCAUCUUGUACAUCAAGCAGUUAUGGAUAUGCAUCUAUUGGAAACCAGACGAAAGAUUUCAAUUCUUCCACUUCUUCACCAACAAACAUUCUCUCAACAAAUUCUCCCUACAAUCACCACAUUCAACAUGAAGUACAUGCAGCAGAUUCUCAACAACAUUUAAUCAACCAACUAAGAGAAAGAAUCCAUCUAUUGGAAAGAGAAUUAGAAACUCAACACAAAACAAUUACUGAAUUGCAGAGAGAAAAUUAUGAAUUAAAAACUGCACCUAACAAACGAGAAAAUUCUGAAUUGCAAAAUCAAAACGAACCAAGGAAAAAGAAAGCACAGAAAAAGAGGAAAACUUCACCUGUUUCUAAUGAACAACUUUCGAAUAAUUUACUUACUACUCAAACAACGUUUUCAUUAGUUGAUGAAUCAGGAGCUAGUAAGCAACCAGUUGAUAUUGAAGAAGCUCCAGUUCUUGGAGGAAUUGAGCAAUUUUCAGUCAAAUGGAAAGGAGAAAAUUAUGUGCUGGUGGAUGUUUUCAAAAAUCGAACUCAAAUCAUGAAUUAUUUCGUUCCAUUAUAUCAGAGUCAGUUUCCUGACAAGAAUUGUAAAGUAGUUCUCUCCAGUGAAGAGUACAAACAAUUAUUUAGAGAGAAUACUCAUCGAUCUCAAUCAGAACGAAAGCAUGCAUGGAGAAUUUCAAUAUUCACGAUUGAUUUUUAUAAUUUUGUGAAGAAUCAGCAAGUGUAA